AUGUCGCGGAGCCAGUCGAGUCUUGGGUUCCUGGAUGCAGGUCCCCAGGAUCAUUCUGCAGCCGGAGGGUCUCCGUCCCUUGUUCAACAGUCUGCGUCUGGACCUAUCAAUUUGUCUGGCCUGGUGUGCAAUGUCCGGCGAACCACUGGCAAGGAACCUCACCCCCUGGUUGGGGCCACCACUACGAUUUUGGGCGAUAAGCUAUACGUCUUCGGAGGCCGGAUCCUCUCGCGCAGUCGCCCGCAGUUGACCUCUGACCUAUAUGAACUGGACUUGAUUCGCCGGCACUGGACAAAAAUCGAACCGACCGGGGAUAUCCCACCGCCUCGGUACUUCCACAGCGUUUGCGCGCUAGGUGAUAACAAGCUGGUCUGCUAUGGAGGAAUGUCGCCUGCGCCCGGGACGCCCAAGGAGCCGUCACGUCCGAAUAGCUCGGAGGCUCAGUCGGAGGUUGUAGUCAUGUCGGAUAUUCACAUUUUCGACGUUCCGUCGCGCGCAUGGACUCGAGUUGCGGCACAUGAAUCGCCGCAAGGACGGUAUGCUCAUUGUGCUACGAUUCUUCCAUCCACCGCCUGCUUUACGUCUGCCAGGCUCCAUUGGGUGGAUAUCGAUGGAUUUGGAGGCGCUGAGAUGGUAGUCGUUGGGGGCCAAGACAGCUCAAACCACUACAUCGAACAAAUUAGUGUUUUUAACUUGCGGAGCCUUAAGUGGACCAACACCAGCCCCCUCGGACGUAGCUGCGGUGCCUACCGCAGUGUGGUAGCCCCUCUGGUCGGCAUGGACGUUUCAGAGGUCGGCUCGGCCUCGCCAGAUCGGGUGACGCAUGAGCCAGCCGAGCAUUCAGAGAAGGCAGGAUGUCCCAUGCUGAUAUACUCAAAUUAUAACUUCUUGGAUGUCAAGUUGGAGCUGCAGGUGCGCCUGCCGGACGGGCGCCUUGUUGAGCGACCGAUGCAGAGCCAAGCUUCUCCGCCUGGAUUGCGCUUCCCCAAUGGCGGCAUCAUCAAUGGUCACUUUGUCGUCAGUGGCACAUAUUUGACUUCCUCAAAGCAGGAAUAUGCGCUUUGGGCUCUGGAUUUGAAGACCCUGACCUGGGGACGCAUCGAUGCCGGCGGUUCUGUGUUUGGUCACGGCAGUUGGAAUCGUGGCAUCCUCUGGCCGCGUCGCAGCUCCUUUGUGAUUCUUGGUCACCGGAAGCGAAGCUUGGUUGAUGAUUAUAACCACCGCCGGAUCAACUUCUCGCACGUUUGCGUAGUAGAGCUGGAGGCUUUCGGCCUUUACAAUAACCCGUGUCGCACCGCUGCGACUUCGGGAUACAAGUCUUACAGUUCACCAUCUGUACCCGCAUCAUUACAGCAGAAGCUCACCCAGCUGACGACAGGUGGACGACCAUUGUCUGCUGCAGCUGACGAGCUAGGCAAACUGCUUCUUUCACUGCAGGAUUUGUCUGAUAUGGAGUUGCAGGCUGUUGGCGGUGAAUGUAUCUCGGUCAAUUCCCGCCUGCUAGCCCGGAGAUGGGGGCCCUAUUUCAUCCAGCUCUUGCGUGAGUCCUCAGACAGUGUUAUCGCAGAGGGCGCCACUCUUCGUCCUGGUGCGAUUCACCCCAGCCGCAAUUCGAGUAUCACAAUCACUCCUUCAGUCGGACAAAAUAGCAAUUACUCCAAUGCGACAACACUGGUGAAUCCGGCUGUCCCGUCAAAGGCUCUACUAGAAAAUCUCGAGGCGCCUUCAGCUCACGGCCUAGCUCCGACUGCUCGUGUUGGUCCAAUUUCUUUACACAUCCGCCCUUCCUCCCCGGGCUCGUCCCUCUGCACGCCGCAGAUCCUCUGCUCCCUACUGCAGCUCGCACGACCAUACCAAGUCAACGGUCUCUUGGAGGCAACAGUGGAACGCCUCCAUCAAGUCCUUGACGGUCGGAACGCUGCAGCUGUUUUCAACGCCGCUGCCAUGGCAGCAGGAGGGGGCCGAGGUACAGGAUUUGGCGGGGGUCUCGGUGGUACGUUGGAAGCCCUGAACGGCGCACACUUCGUGGGCAACGGCUCCAUGCCUAGCGUAUCGGAAGGUACAACAUCUCAACACAGCGUCCUCUUAGCCUCUGACUCCUCCGACACCGAGCACGGUGUCACCGCACCCUCAGCAUCCAGUAGCACAGGCGACCUAACCAACUUUGCUGCCCGCGGCAUCCCAUCCCUCCGCAUCGACACAAAUCUGACCCAACAACGCAGUCGCUCUCGCGCCCAGGCUCAACGCGAGCGCGAAGACUCAGUCAGCAGCGCCAGCACCGCAACCUCCGCUUCCAGCGCAGAUUUCAGCCAGUCAGACUCGGAAUUCGUCAGCGACAACGAGAGCCGUGCUGCCUCGCGCACGCACCGUCGCCGGGGUACUGACAGCCGAGAAAUCUGGACUGGCGAUUUAAGCAGCGUGAUCGGACUUCAGAAACGCGGUCUGCGCGGUCUGAUGGAAGGUCGCCGUUUGCGCGAGCGCAGCGUCAAACCACCCAGCACGAGCAGUGGCCCUACCUCCGUACCUUCAGCCGGGUCGGGAGAUCAUCUCCCAAUGCAAGGUGUGAGCGUCUGA